AUAGCAAUGAUACGGUGUAGUUCUAGGUAAAGCAGGAAUACUUUAGAAGUAGAGUGUACGUCAGUAACGCGUAGUUGAAAAUGAUGGUGAAGUAUGAAACUACACUCAUCUUUUUCGUUAAUGGAAAAAAGGUGGUCGAGCAAAAUGUUAAUCCUGAAUGGACCUUGCUGUAUUAUUUAAGAAACAAACUAAGACUAUGUGGUACUAAGUUAGGAUGUGCAGAAGGUGGUUGCGGAGCCUGCACUGUUAUGGUGUCAAAAUACGACAGAAAACAAAACAAACUCAUACAUUUAGCAGUGAAUGCAUGUUUGGCCCCAGUAUGUGCAAUGCAUGGGCUCGCAGUAACUACGGUGGAAGGAAUAGGCUCUACAAAAACUAAAUUACACCCGGUUCAAGAGAGAAUCGCCAAAUCUCACGGGUCUCAAUGUGGCUUUUGUACUCCCGGUAUCGUGAUGUCCAUGUACUCAUUGCUGAGGAGCCUGCCAAAACCGACGAUGAAAGACUUAGAAAUAGCCUUUCAAGGAAAUUUGUGCAGAUGUACUGGCUAUAGAGCAAUUAUUGAAGGUUACAAGACCUUUGCCGAAGACUGGGAGCUCAUGCAAAACAGCACAAUGACUAACGGAACGUGUUCUAUGGGAGACAAGUGCUGCAAGCUAACCAAUGGAGUUAAUGGCACUCACAACGACCCGGAAAGCCUGUUUGACCCAAACGAAUUUGCACCAUACGAUGCGACGCAAGAACCGAUCUUUCCACCCGAGCUAAAAAUGUACGACACUUUCGAUCGGCAAAAUUUAAUCUUUACGCAACAAGGUGUCUCUUGGUAUCGACCAACAGAACUACGUGAACUACUGGAAUUAAAGCUGAAACAUCGCGACGCCAAAAUAAUAGUUGGCAACACCGAAGUUGGGGUAGAGGUUAAAUUCAAGCACUGCCGGUAUUCCGUAUUCAUCCAGCCGAUUCUCAUAGAAGAAAUGGUCAAAAUAAACACCUUAGACAGCGGUCUUUACGUGGGCGCGUCGGUGACAUUGGACGACAUGGACGCUGCGCUCAAAUCAGAAAUCAAAUUGCAACCUGAGUACAAAACCCGCGUAUUCCAGGCAAUUACCGAUAUGCUAAACUGGUUUGCGGGCAAGCAAAUUCGAAACGUGGCGGCAGUUGGAGGAAACAUUAUGACCGGCUCGCCAAUUUCCGAUUUGAACCCCAUCUUUCUCGCGUCGAAAAUUGAGUUAGAACUUCGUAGCAAAGAGCGGGGGAUACGAAGGAUUCGAAUGGAUGAUACGUUUUUUACUGGCUAUCGAAAAAACUCCGUUGAGAGCGACGAAGUGCUCGUGGGUAUUAUUAUACCUUAUACUCAAGAGAACCAACACUUUUGCGCGUACAAACAGGCGCGUAGACGCGAAGAUGACAUAGCUAUUGUAAAUUGUGCUAUUAACGUAACCAUUGAGCCUAAGUCGUUGGCGAUUGAAGAUAUUAGCUUUGGAUUUGGAGGAAUGGCCCCGAUCACAGUGACUGCACCGAAAACCAGCAGGGCGUUGAUCGGACAUCCUUGGAAUGAAUCAACCUUGGAAAUGGCAUACGAAUACCUACUUCAAGAUCUACCACUCUCCCCAAGUGCACCAGGAGGAAUGAUCCAGUAUAGGAGAUCGCUCACUCUCAGCUUCUUCUUCAGAGCCUUUCUGUCUAUAUCAAAGCAGUUACAAAGGCAGAUUAGUGCGCGAGACAGAAGUGGAAUUGAAGGUUUUCACAGCGACAUACCAAAAAGUUCGCAGUUCUUCGAAGUUGUCAAUUCCACUAAAAAAUACGACACCGUUGGGAAACCGAUCCAGCACAAAUCAGGAUUCAAGCAAGCCACGGGCGAAGCGGUGUAUCUCGAUGACAUUCCAACUUAUUCAAACGAGCUCUACUUGGCUCUAGUAACAAGCACGAGAUCCCACGCAAACAUUAUUUCGGUAGAUCCCUCAGAAGCGUUGAGAACUGAGGGAGUUCAUGCUUUCUUCUCCGCCAAGGACCUGUCGUCGCACUGUAAUCGCUUUGGACCAAUAAUUCACGACGAGGAAAUUUUCGCGUCUAAGACGGUGACGUGUAACGGACAAAUUGUUGGUGCACUGGUUGCAAUUGAUCAGGUAACAGCACAGCGUGCCGCGCGUAUGGUUCAGAUUAAAUACGAAGAAUUGGAGCCGGUUAUUGUGACCAUUGAAGAUGCGAUAAAGUAUAAAUCGUUCUUUAAUGCCAUCCCAAAGAAGAUGGAAAGGGGGAACGUAGAGGAGGCUUUUGCGAAGGCACCCCACAUAUUAGAGGGUGAAUGCAGAAUGGGCGGACAAGAACAUUUUUAUUUUGAAACCCAUUGCACACUUGCCGUGCCCAAAGAAGAGGAUGAAAUUGAAAUAUUCUCUUCCUGCCAACAUCCAUCAGAAUUAAGUCAACUAAUUUCGCACACAUUGGAAGUUCCCCAAAGCAAGGUAAUUACCAAAGUGAAAAGAAUGGGAGGUGGUUUUGGUGGAAAAGAGUCGCGGUUUCUUUUGGUAGGGCUGCCAGUUGCACUAGCAGCAAACCGCCUGAAACGUCCAGUACGUUGCAUGUUAGAUCGAGAUGAAGAUAUGCUAAUAAGUGGAACUAGGCAUCCGUUUUUAAUUAAAUACAAGACGGCAUUUGACGACAGUGGCAAAAUUAUAGCAGCAGAAGCCGUCAUCUACAAUAAUGGAGGAAAUACCACUGAUCUAUCAGAAGCGAUCCUGGAACGAGCAAUGUUUCAUUUCGAAAAUGGUUACAAGAUUCCAAAUUGUAGGGUUCUUGGAUAUGUGUGCAAAACCAAUUUAGCCUCAAACACAGCGUUUAGAGGUUUUGGGGGGCCUCAAGGGAUGUUCGCUGCCGAAAAUAUGAUACACGAUAUUGCGGAAUAUCUCAAGAGAGACGUUUUAGAAGUCUCCCAAAUGAAUUUAUACCAAGAAGGCGAUAUUACACAUUAUAAUCAGAGGAUAGACUAUUGCAAUUUGACAAGAUGUUGGAGCGAAUGCCUUGAAUCGUCCAAUUUCCACCAAAGAAGGAUUGAAGUUAAAAAAUACAAUCGUGAAAAUAGAUGGAAGAAACGUGGCAUUAGUGUCGUGCCGACAAAGUUCGGUAUAUCGUUUACAGUAAUCACCUUGAAUCAAAGUGGGGCAUUGGUUCACAUCUACAAGGAUGGUUCGGUACUAUUAACUCAUGGGGGAACGGAAAUGGGGCAAGGACUACAUACUAAGAUGAUUCAAAUUGCUAGUCGUGUAUUGGGUGUAUCUCAUGAAAAAAUACACAUUUCCGAAACAGCCACAGACAAAGUACCAAAUACUAGCGCUACCGCUGCAAGUUCGGGGUCGGACUUAAAUGGAAUGGCUGUUAUGAAUGCAUGCAACGCUAUUAAAGAACGAUUGGAGCCGAUUAAAAAAGCAAAUCCAAAAGGAACAUGGGAGGAAUGGAUUUUAGCGGCAUACGUAAGCAGAAUUAGCUUAUCAUCUACAGGCUUUUACAAGACUCCUGAUAUUGGAUACGACAUGGAGACGAACUCUGGGAUGGCCUUCAACUAUUUUACUUUCGGAACGGCGUGCAGUGAAGUCGAAAUCGACUGCCUCACAGGCGACCACAAGGUUUUAAGAACGGAUAUUGUCAUGGAUUUGGGUGAAAGUUUAAAUCCUGCCAUUGACAUAGGACAAAUUGAGGGUGGCUUUAUGCAAGGUUACGGUUUGUUUACACUGGAAGAAAUGGUCUACUCUCCUAAGGGUGUCAUGUUCACGCGAGGCCCAGGCGCAUACAAAAUUCCAGGAUUCGCCGAUAUUCCUCAGGAGUUUAACGUAUCCUUACUUAAAGGAGCUCCCAAUCCGCGAGCUGUCUACUCGUCAAAGGCCGUAGGCGAACCACCAUUAUUUCUGGCAUCUUCGGUUUACUUCGCGAUACGCGAAGCAAUUAAAGACGCCAGAAGGGACGCCGGACUGUCACCUACAAACUUCAAAUUCACAGCACCCGCAACAUCGGCAAAGAUACGUAUGGCCUGUGAAGACAACUUAACUUCAAAGCUUAGUGAACCUAAACCUGGCAGCUUCAUACCUUGGAAUGUUGUGCCGUAAAAAACCACAAGAACGUUAUUAUUAAUUUUAUUUUAUUUCUAUACUAAUAAAGCUGUUUGUUUUAAUUU